AUGUCGAACCCAACCUUUAUGGAUGCUGUCGUGUUGCUGGGAGACUCGAUUACCGAAACCAACGCCGACGGGACCUUUACCGCUCGAAUUGCCGAAUGGUAUGGAAGAAAGAUGGACGUCCUGAAUCGAGGCUAUGGAGGAUUCAACACCAAAAUGGUGCUGCCUUUGAUUCCUCAGAUCUUUGGCCGUCUGGGUGAGGCGACUCAGAGGGUUCGGAUGGUGGUGAUUUGGCUCGGAACAAACGAUGCCUCUUUUGCUCCGGCGAUGCAACAUGUGCCUGUCGACGUCUUCAAAAAGAACUUGAAAGAUAUAAUCACAGGCGUCCGGCAAGCUGUGCCCGAUUGCGCCAUCGUUCUCAUCACCCCCGGGCAGAUGUUUCAAUCGGCUUGGAACGCUGUCAUUCGUGAGUGGGUGUACGUCCUUCAAGGCAAGUCAGCCGACGAAUUUGUCCCAAACCGCGAUGCUCCGACCACAAAGCUUUACGUGGAAGCGGUGAUGCAGGUUGGCGAAGAGGAGAAUGUAGCCGCCCUGAACGCUUGGGAGUUGAUGACCAAUGAUGCUGGCGGAGAGGAUGCUCCGGGCUUGAGCUCGUACUUUACCGAUGGAAUCCACAUGACAUCCAAAGGUUAUGCCUUGAUCUUCAAUGCCUUCACCAAGCUGGUGGGCGAGAAAUAUCCCGAGUUGUACGCGGUUGGCAUGAAGCGCCGGAUCCCCGAUUGGCUUGAUAUCGAAAAGAACCCGGAAUUGCUUUACGGGGAGGAUGUGUGA